AUGGAAGAAUCCGAAUGUACUGAGAAAUUUGAGCUGGAACGACUAAGUGUCGAAGGAACUGAGCUGGAUCAGUCAGCUGGCCGAGAAAUAUUUCUAAGUGUCCAGAGAGAAACGGUUAUCGAGAGAGAAAGCGGUUUCCGAGAGUUUUCGUCUGUUCCGAUCGAUAUCGACCGUAUCGAUCGUCUGUUCCGACCGAGAGCGCCUGUUUCCGAUCGGUGGUCUGACCGAGAGCCGACCGUACCGAAGAUCCGAGAGCCGAACGUUCGACGAUCCGUCCGAGAGCGUCCGAGCGACCGUUCUGUAACCGUACGAACCUCCGUACGCGACCGUUCUGUUUACCGAAGGGAAUCCGAUUCCCGACUGACUGACUAA